AUGGCCUCUCAGGCAGAAGCACAGGGCUCCGUGGCUGGCUCUAGCAGCUGGACUUCUUUCGUCAAGGUAUGUCGCAUGACCUCGCAGCUUCCCUUGUACCAACCCGCGUUAACAAGCUCCCAGUCCAUUGCUUCCUUCAACGGCGAUCUUUCCUCCCUGACAGCGCCCCCUUUCAUCGUCUCGUCGACCUCCCUCACAGAGUUCUCCUCCUACUGGUGUGAACAUCCCUCGCUGUUCGCGGCCCCCGCCAAGGAGGCCGACCCCGCGAAGCGCGCCCUGCUCGUCCUCAAGUGGUUCGUCAGCACCCUGAAGCAGCAGUACGCCAGCCGCAGCGAGCAGUACGGAAACGAGAAGAAGCCGCUGAACCCCUUCCUCGGCGAGCUUUUCCUCGGCAAGUGGGAGGACGCCGUGGGCACGACUGAGCUCAUCAGCGAGCAAGUCAGCCACCACCCGCCGGCGACGGCCUACUCGAUUAAUAACCUCGCCACGGGCGUCCACCUCGAGGGCUACAACGCGCAAAAGGCCACCUUCAAGAGCACCAUCAACAUCAAGCAGAUCGGCCACGCUGUCCUGACGGUGCCGAUCCCUGGCGACGCCGACAAGAAGACGGAGACGUACCUCAUCACGCUGCCGUCACUGCACAUUGAGGGCCUCCUCUUCGGCUCGCCCUUCAUCGAGCUCGAUGGCUCCUCCUUCAUCACCUCCUCCUCCGGCUUCACCGCCAAGAUUGACUACUCGGGCAAGGGCUGGCUCUCGGGCAAGAAGAACACCAUUUCGGCGGUGCUCUACCCCACGGGCCGCGAGAAGGAGGUCCUCUACAAUAUCUCGGGCGUCUGGACCAAGACGUUUGAGAUCCACUCGGGUCCCGCCAAGACGAACUCGUCCAAGACGCUCGUCGACUCGCACGACGCCACAAAGGUCGAGCCCACGGGCCUCGUUGUCGCGCCCGUCGAGCAGCAGCACCCGCUUGAGUCCCGCCGCGCCUGGGCCAAGGUGGCCGCCGCCGUCGCCAAGGGCGAAAUGGACACGCUGUCGUUUGAAAAGGCAGGACCCGUGCUCGAGUCGCUCGGCACGCACGUCGGCCUGCCGCUGACGGGCGACGCCGACAAGACGGGCGGCCUGUGGCGCUUCGAUGCCGAAAAGGCCGAAAAGGUCCGCAGCCAGCCGCCGACGAGCGAGGAGGCCAACCUGGCGCUGGCCAAGGAGGCGCUGGGACAGUAG